AUUUUCGAUUGUGCAACUACAGUGUGUACUUCGGACUGUGGAUAGCUGAACUGAAGGUUCGAAUGCCCCCCAGCGGUGAAUAGCUAGCGAACCGCAUUCGUGCCUUGUAAGACCCCUCAUCGUGCACGUGUCCUACUACAGGUAACAACUAUGUCUUAAAGAAAUCCUGAGGCUCCCUAUAAAAUCGUAAUCAUUAGAAAGACACAUUGAUCUGGAAGAACCCUCUCCAACCAUCUACCCUCCGAAUCACAAUGCAAUCACUUGCCCAUCAUAAACCCGAGUCAACAUGCCGACCGCAGCGGUCAUUGGCACAGACGCCAGGAUGAUGACUGCACUGACGAGCAACACCAUAAGCGAGGCCGUCUCCAAUGGUGUGUGGCUCCAGGUCCUUCAGAAUUACUUUCUCCCGGACAAGUUCAUCAUCGCCCCGGAGCAGAACAACCAGACCGGCCGUGCCGACCUGAUGGUCUUCGUCAUGCACAACGACAAAAACGACAAUCUCUGCUGGGACCCCAUCUUCACCCUCGAGGGCAAAACGCCCGGCGAUUCCAUCAAGCAGACGUAUAUCGACCAGGCCAGCGGCUACAUCUCGUCUCUGGCCUCUCAUCACUCGUUCAAAGGCAGAAAGUUCGGGAUGCUGGUUGCCGGGCAGGAGGUGGUCUUGUUAGUCAAUAAUGGGGGCGAUAAAUCGACGCAGUGGAAUUGGGAGGAUGCCAACACUGAUGAGUAUAAGUACAAUCCAGGGUUAGUCAAUGUCUGGGGAAUUGGGGAGCAGGGGUACAAGGUCGAGAGCUUCUUAGCUGACUUUGCUCAAAAAUUCCAAUAAUAUAAACUAAGAUCCAAAAGAAUUCGGAUUCCAGUCUACUUCCUCAUGACAGCUACUAAACCCUCCGACGCUUGCUGUAUUCCACCUUAGAGAUGCGCCGUAGACACAAAUACACAAGCACGAUCAACGCCACGAGGACCCAAAGUACCCAGUAGGACAGGAUAUCUUGUUGAAGUCAACAACUACUAGUUUACUAGGCUGUGCGGUUAUUGUUGACAAUAGCAUUUUCAGGCUGAAAUGAACUCG